ACAAGAUGCACCUAAAUCUAGCGCAAACAACAGCACUUCCAUUUCCUGCCCCUUGACCUCCAAACUCCGACCCUUAACUCCAAUUUCCACCCACCAUGACCAAACCAACAAUCCCCGCUCAGGAUAUUCACAACGUUCUCAGCAAUGUCCUACCCCGAAUCAAAAGACACGUUGAAGCCCGAAAAUCCGCAUCAGACAAGCGCCCAUUUAUUCUGGGCUUAACAGGCCUUCAAGGAAGCGGGAAAUCCACAUGGACUGACGCACUCGUACAAGCUCUGAACGAUGAAUACAAAUACAACACAAUCAACAUAUCCCUAGAUGACCUCUAUUUCGAUCAUGACGACCUUGUCCAAGUACGAGACAACAACCCCUCCAACAGACUUCUGCGAACGCGAGGACAACCUGGCACUCACGAUAUCGCACUUGCAGUCGACUUUUUCGACAGUUUAACAAAGUCAUCGGAGAAAGUCAUUCCAUCAUUCGACAAGAGCCUAUUCAAUGGAGAGGGUGGCCGAGCACCCCAAGACAUGUGGCGUCGCAUUUCAGCAGAUGUCCCCAUUGACAUUGUCAUUUUCGAAGGAUGGUGUGUCGGGUUCCAACCAUUGCCAGAGGAUAAGAUCUCGCAUCGCUGGAACCACGCGAAAGAGGUCUCCGCGGGAGGCAGCUUGAAGCAGACGCUUGGGCAGCACGAGUUGGAGCAUUUACUACAGGUUAACGAGAAUCUCCGUCAAUAUUGCGAGUUAUUCAUGGGGCCGCAGAAUUUCGACUUUCUUGUUCAUCUUGAUACAGAUGAUUUUAUCAAUGUCUAUGGAUGGCGCCUCGAACAAGAACAUGCCCUGCGAGACAAGAAAAAGGGCGCCAUGUCUGAUGAGGAAGUUAUCCGCUUUGUGAAGGGGUAUAUGCCUGCUUACGAGCUGUAUCUUGAUCAAUUACGGAAUGGGUUCUUCUCGGGUCAGCAAGGAAAAGGGCAACUAUCUGUCGUUCUGGACGAGCGAAGAAAGGUUAUGGCAAUUCGUCUUGUUUAA